CGCGCGCUCUCGGAGCCGGCGGUCGGCGCAGCUUUUCCCCGGCGCUGGCCGCGAAGCCCCGAGCGGCGGGAGCCCGGCGCGCACCAUGUCGGUCGCCGUCAGCAACAGGUUCCAAGGAGGGAAGGCGUUUGGUUUGCUCAAGGCCCAGCAGGAGCGGAGGCUGGCGGAGAUCAACCGGGAGUUCCUCUGUGACCAGAAGUACAGCGAUGAAGAGAACCUACCAGAAAAGCUCGCUGCCUUCAAAGAGAAGUACAUGGAGUUUGAUCUGAACAACGAAGGCGAGAUUGACCUGAUGUCUUUAAAGAGGAUGAUGGAGAAGCUGGGGGUCCCGAAGACUCACCUGGAGAUGAAGAAGAUGAUUUCAGAAGUGACAGGUGGGGUCAGCGACACCAUCUCCUACAGAGACUUUGUGAAUAUGAUGCUGGGCAAAAGGUCAGCUGUCCUGAAACUAGUCAUGAUGUUCGAAGGAAAAGCCAACGAGAACAGCCCUAAGCCAGUAGGGCCACCGCCAGAGAGAGACAUUGCCAGCCUGCCGUGAGGACCUGUGGGCACCGCUCCGCCUCUCAUUCCUGCCCUCGCUCCUCACUGCCCUUCUUGAUUGGUCUUGUUUGGUUGUUGUGUGUUUGUUUGAUUCAACUCUUUGUAAAGCACAACUUAUCUGCCUUAAAGGGGGGGAAGGGUCUGGGCUGGGACACAGCCUUGGGACCCCUUCCUCAUUUCUCCCUGCCUCUUCUCUCGCCUUUCCCUAUGCAGAAGGACUGACAGCAAACCAAAAAUCAACCAGGGUAGCGGGGUUGGAAGUAUAUUCCCAUGCUAUGAGACUGUCCUGUCCAUCUUUCUAGAAGGCCUCUGAAGCCAAGUUCAGGCUGCAGCUUGGCCUUGGCAAGGACCCCGGCUCCCACUCAGAAGACUGGAGUAGGAAGGUUGCAGGGUGUCCUUGGACAGUUCCAGGCUUUCGGCAUUUCUCUCUACCCAGGAUGCGGGCACUCAGUGCCCUACCGUCCCAACAGAUGCCCCGUUGUGCUUCGCCUCUGCUCAGGCUCAGGGACAUGACAGAAGGAGGGGGAGGAAAGGUGGUUGAACACUGGAGCCCUUUCACAAGGCACUCUGUGGCCUUGUGGUCACACCUUUAAAGGCAGCUCAGGGGAACCGUGUAGCUGCUGUCACUUGCCAGGACCCUGAAGGACCUCUGAGGCAGAGGCGGGACUAGGAUGAGAGAAUGAAUCCGACGUUCUUGGCACGAUGAGCUCCCUGGGGCAGCUGGGCCCUGAGCAGUAGGCUGCCUUUCCGAUCGCAGUCUGCUGCUUCUAUUUGCCUUCCUACCCUACUCCUACCUUCCAUGCAUUUACUCAUUCAUCCUCACAGUCCACAGAUAUUUAUUGAGAACCUCUUACAAGCUUUAAGUCCUCCCACUUUGUCCUGACUGUGAUGUGUCCACGGUGUUUUCUCAUCUCUCCUUUCCCCUGUUGCUCAAAAGCUUGACUUAGAGGUUGGAUGGAGGUCAUCUGUGUCCUUUCUUCCAGCCUCACAGGAUUUAGGAGCUCUGCGCUGGAAGUUGGCUAGGCCAGGCUUUCUGUUUCCGCUGUGUUGGUCUGGAGGGAUCCAGGCAGGGCCUUCCAGGGUCAGGUGGUUAAUGUGGAGAUGGAAGACCCAGGACUGGAGCCACGUGGUCAGAUACCCCACCUGCACCUCAUCUCUCCCCUGCCUUAAUUAAAUCAGUGGUGAGAACCGGAGGGGCAGUCUCCCGGGAAGGGAUCCUGUACUCUGAAGGUCCUGGGCAUGGACUCACUUUCCCAGUGCUCCCGAGACAACGUUAGGUCCGUGCCUCUGUAAUGUGCCUUCUCUGUAGCUUCUGAAGCGAAAGCCUUGAUGGAGACCAGCUUCUCAGAGCUCAUACGGGAAGGUGUCCAACUUGCCCACAUCUGGGCUGAGCAGGAACCUCAAGAGUCCUUUACCCUGAUGUGGACUCAGGACUCAGAGGUGCUCACUCAUUGAAAUGUAUUAAGUGCCUGCCAUAAGCCAGACAGAUUCAUGGGAUUCAAGUCUAGUGGCACAAGUCAGAUUCCCCAGACAAAUGAAUUGUUGGGAAGUAGGGGUGAUGGCUCUACAGUACUGGGAGGUCUGGCUUGGCCCCACACUGGGCAGGAAUCUUCAGGCUGUCUUUUCAGAACCUUAAGUUGGAGAGGACUGGGGACUGGAAGCUCCUGAGAGUCUCAGUCAUCAAAGGCACAGUGUGCUGUCCCACAGCUGCUUGGGGGGAUGAAGUGGGCAGGGUGUGAGGACAUGGCUGGCUCAAGUUAAUCCUCUGGUCUCAACCAGUUUGGGAGUGAGAUUGGCUGUGACUGGCUGACCUUCAGCCUUAGGAGCUGCUUCAAAUGUACAGAUCUAGUUGCAAUUUAAACCCAGGAAAAUCAUUCCUUCCUGUAAACAUCAAAACCUCCCUGCUUCCCACUAGCUUGUCUGUCUUUUCCUCGGAUACCAGAUUAGCCAUUGCCUGUUCCAGCCCCGCCUCCCCUCUCUGGAUGGGCUGGGACUUCUGAGGAUGAUAUGAGCUGUGUCUGCUUCACUAAGGAGACCGCACCAGCCGGGCUUAUUUCAGUGUGCUCCAUAGGAAGGAGAUGGGUUUCUCCAGCCUCUGGGAAAGGCCUGUUGCAGGGGAUGGGGGCACAAGCCCCAUCACUGAAAUGUAGAACUUAACAGUUUUGGGGGAAAGGGGGAGAGAGUCUAGACCCCCUGGAAGUGGGUCUGCAUGUUAUUUCUAGCUGCGGCUUUUGGCUCUGGGACUCUUCUUUGGCCAAGGGUUCAGUGUUAGGGACAUGUAUUGUUUCUGAAAAAGACCAAAUCUAACUGUCGUAACUUGCAACACAGGGACUGCCAGGUAUGGCUUUGUCCCUAAGACACAAAAGGAAAGAGUAAUUCAGUUGAAUGAAGUUGUGUGUGUAUGUGUGUGCAUGUGUGUGGGGUAGGAUGUCAUGGAUACAGAUUGAAAUAAACCAGAUGAAGCUUAC